GUAGUUCUAUACAUACAUUUCAGUAGUGCGUGUAACAUAACCUCAAUUUUGCUAGUAGUUUCCAGAACCCCCCAGCAGUAACCGUUAAUUCGACAUUCGGUAACAUUCGGCAAUCGGCGACGAAACAUUGUGCGUGAUGGUUGUGCCGUGAUGUUUAUGUUCGUUAAAAGUUAUGUUUGGAAGAUAUAGUCGUGACCGGUGACGGUAUUCCACGGUAUAAAAACGAUUAGAAUGUCUAGUAAAGAGAACACCGUCCUCGAAGAGGAAGAGACAGGUGACAGAAUGUCUCCAGACUCGCCCAAGAAGCCGGUCAAGUCAACGGCUGUUGUCAAGUAUUCUGCAGUAGCAGCGCCAGCCUCUUAUGCUACACUGCAAUGUAACACAGAUUUGAAUCUACCACCGAGUAACUGGCUCAGUACUUCGGCGCAAAGUUAUGGUCUUCAAAGCGUUUGGUCUCACAAUACGGGAUUUUCUAGCUUUCGAAUGGCUCACAUGUUUCCUGAUUGCGUUGGGGAAGUGGAUGUCGUUUCAGAUGCAGAGAAUAUUAAGAAACUCCUUAAAUUACCUUACAGUCAGGCAUUAGUUUCCAUGAUGGUGCAUAGAGUUGAAAAUACUCUACUGAUUGAUGACUUUGACAUUCAUAAGUAUCUGCUUCGCCAGGCUGAGAGUGAUUGGGAAUGGCUUAAGAAAUUUAUCUACGGACAUGUGUAUAAUAGUGUCGGGGGUAAAGAAAAGAGACUGUUUCAUAAAACGAACAGCAGGAACACGUUGCAGCAAAAAAAUCUUGUCUCCAAGUUUCUUUAUCAUUCUCUGGUUGUUGCUGACAAUACGAAGCAAAGCGAGAAACCGAAGCUGCCCGUUGAGCCUCUAGAACCACAGCUACCUGAGCCGACACGAGAAGAGAAAUUACCCGAUCCAAAUCACAGUCAUAAUUUUGCUAGAAACGUUGUUUGGACUUUUGAAAAUAUCCAAAUGCUGAUUGGGACAGACAUGCCGAUAUUCGGUGGACAGACUCAUCCCUGCAUCAGCUUGAGACUGAGGGAUAUGGCCAAGCCGAUUAAUGUUUUAACUGGAAUCGAUUAUUGGUUGGACAACCUUAUGUGUAAUGUACCAGAAGUUGUUAUGUGCUAUCAUCUCGACGGAAUCGUCCAGAAGUACGAGCUGAUCAAAACGGAGGAUCUACCCAAUUUAGACAAUUCCAAAUUCAGCCCUAAAGUCAUUAGAGAUGUAGCCCAAAAUAUACUAAGCUUUCUAAAAAGUAAUGCGACAAAAGCUGGGCACACUUAUUGGCUGUUCAAAGGCAAGGAUGAUGAUGUUGUCAAAUUAUAUGACUUAACUUCGCUCUGUACCGAUUUCUCCGAUGAAAAAGGACAAAAUCCAUUCACUGUACCAGUAGCUAUGUUACUCUACCGUGUCGCUAGGAAUAUGAAAUAUUCGUCUGACUAUCGCAGGCAGCAGGGAACCAUUAGAAUGCUGUUGAAAAACUGUGUGGAGCUGCUGUCAAAGAAAAAAUAUCCCCAAAUUGUUACUUCGGCACACUACAUGCUUUCGGAUCUAUAUAUUCCGGCUGAUACAGAUCCUGCCAGCCCUGGCUUAAUGGAUCAAAGUGACGAAGAAGAUGCUCAAAGCGAUUACAGUGCUAAUCAAGAGGCAGAAAGUAAUAUAGACAACUUUGAUGAGGAAGUUAGCGUGGCCAUCAAAUCGUUGAGCCUAGCUCCCAUGAAAGGAUAUCGAGAGAAUGAGGAGCUGAAGUAUAAACCGCCACCGUUAUGUGGCACGGUUGAAGAGAGGUGUAAAGCUGCGUUGGAGCACGUUAAAAAUGGACUUGAAUGCUUGGAGUAUUUUCCAACUGAACAUUCCUCUGACGACGAGCAAAGAAAAGACGAAGAAGCAUGUGGACAAAACGGGCAAGAAUUAGAGGAAGAGCAUCCAAGAAUGGCGAAACCUUUCCAGGCUAUUCCUAUGCCAUAUGCGCCUUUGAAGCAGACCUCGGAUGACACAUCGUCGAAUGUAGAAAUGAGUCCAAAGAACAAAGGAAAAUCAAAGAAAAACAAGAAGGGAGACAGAACCGUGUCAAAACCAACAGUUCAGGACGCCACACCGAAGGCUUUGCUGUGUAAAUCUACAGUGGAAACAUUGCCAACUUGGCAGGCCCCAAAAGCGAGCGACAAUCUUAACUGGAAUGCACAUCUUAAGACCCUGUUAUACGAGAAAACGUCUUUAAUCUUUACUGUACUGGCAGAAAACGAAUAUUCUAGAAACAAUUACGGAGCGUCGUUGAGAUACAUAUUAGCAGUUCUGGGGUGCCAGGAAAUCAUGGAAACGUUCUGUCACAUUAAGAACGAUAAACUGAUCAGCUACCUACUGGGCAGAGCUGGCGACAGCUGUUUUAUGAUUGUUCAAGACUGGAAUAACAUUGAUAAGCACAGAAACGAGUAUGAGCUAAAGAACAUUGACCCAAAAAUUCUCGAUGAAAUAUACCAUGUCAAAAAUAUAAAAUCAGACGGUGUCGAGCUGUUGCCUCAAACCUUGGACAGUCUCGAGGUAAUGUUAGAGGCUUCUUACAAAUGCUAUGAAAAAGCACUUUCACUGGCGCCUCUGGAAAAUGAUAAAAAUAAUUUGUUAAGACGUUUGGGAAACAUCCACAAUGAGUUGGGUGUUCUGUACAUGAAUCAAGCUGCUUGCCAUCAGCAAGAAGAAAGUACAGAUGAUACAACCACGGAUGUUGCAACGCUGCUUAAUCAAUCUUUGACACACUUGGAGGCUGGUGUAAAGACAUUUGAAGCAGUGCACGAUGAAGCAAAUCUAGCUCUAUUACAUUCGAAUUCAGGGCGACUCAUGCGUCUUUGCGCUCACAUUCACAUGAAACAACAAACGCAAGAGAGGUAUUUUUACAACAAAGCACUUAUCAGCUAUCAAAAAGCGUUGCAAGUUUUGGGAACUCGCAAAUCUAACACCGUUAUCUGGGACACAGUCACCUGGGAAUUAUCAACAACGUUAUACACAAUGGCUUCGUUGUUACAGGACUAUCCAACUUCUGAAAAUAAGAGCAAAGAAGAACUCGAAAGAGAGGUAGUUGAGGUUCUUCAAAAAGCUUUGAAACAUUGUGACACAGAGACACCGGGUCCAAGGCAACCUGUCUAUCAAUUCAGAGCUGCGAAUAUUCAGCAUCGACUCGCUUCUUUUUACCAUCGUGUGUACAGAGAAAUGGAUGCAGACGUCGAUGCGAACAAGAGAAAAACAACUUUACAACUUUGCAAGCUGUACUAUGAAAAAGCAGCAAAGUUGUUACUGUCUUUGGAACAAACUACGGAGUUUCUUACUGUACAGAUGGAGCGCGUUGCUUUGGUGGAAUUUCAGGCACAAUGCUCAACAACGUUUAACAGUAAAUUGAAAUUCUAUCAGAGUGGGGUGGAUUUAAUACUGCAAUGUAGACCCAUCCUUGAAAUUUUACACGAGAGAAACAAGGGCGUUAAAUUUCAACCCGACAUGUCUGAAGUCUGUGAUGAUAAAAAUGAGCAAAAAAAAUCUGUAGUCACAGAGAAAACUGACGACGAAAAACUGACGGAAGAAGAUGAAAAGCUUGUUGUUCUUCUAGAACAGAGGUUGCAAUUUUUGCUUCGGUCUCUCGCCAAGCUUUGCAUUGCCAAAAAUCCCGGUGGAAAAAAAAAAGAAUGCGAAGACCUUGCCGCUCUGUAUAAAAGCUGCUACAGUAAAACGUUGAGACCAAGAAGUUUGUCUAGUUACGCCCUCGUCGAGCAUAUGAAAGAUCUUCUGAAAACCCUACAAGAGUGCAGUAGCGGAUCUGAAGUACAACACAGCGGCUCAAAUUCUAGACUAUAAUCCGAGGUAUGUCCAUAGUUGAAAUGGGAUAUCUAGUUUCUCCUUUACUGAAAAAUGGUUGCACUUGAAGGUAAUUUUAGAAAAUUCGGUGAAAUCGUUGUGUUUAAAUGACUGAGAUAAUUCAAGAACUCGGUCAAGUUUUGUCAAAUCGUCUCGUAUAUUGACCGUUCAAUAAUACACGUCGAAAUGGUUCUUUCAUCAACACUUUGUGUCUAUAAAGUUAGCGAUUGCUUUCAGAGAGAAAGUCGUCUUGUACUUGAGAAAAGAUUCGAUAACUUGUGAUAGUAAUGGACGUUGGGAAAUGCAUGAGGACCAGUGUAUAUUUAUGGUAUAUCGUUAUUGAACUGCUUUUUUGUUUUAUUGUUAUUAUUGUUUUUCUGAGGUUGUUUGCGUCUAGUGUUGAGAUUUUCAAAAAAAUUAUUUUCAUCAGACAUUCAUUAUUAGCCGUCCGUGAACUGCCCGGUGAAGAGUAACCACUGAGCGCUUGUUGUGCGAUUAUAUAUCUGAUUAUUCCUAAUCCGUGAGCUGAGUCAUUUGUUUCGCUUUCGCAACGUGAUAUGAUCGUAGAUGUUAAGCAGAAUAAUACCGAAGGGUUGUCCGCUGUUGACCGGAUUUAUCCUCACUACGUCUCUUGGGUAUUGCUAUAAUUAGGCUCGACGUUAAGGAAAUCUUACUCGAUAUUCGCCGGAGUAAAAGUCGAUAUUUACUUUUUUAACGUGUACAUAAUAAACGUAUUAUAUAAAUGU